AUGUCCGUUCGCUGCCGGGAGAGUCCGGUGCUGGCAGGCAGCGCCACUUUGGCCGUCCUGGGGGCACUGGUUCUGUGCCUCGCGGAGCCCGCCGGCUACGGGAAGUACACGGAGAGCCGGAUGCCCGUGGCUACCCGCCUGUCCGCCCGCGCCGCCUGGUUCCUGCAGGAGCUGCCCUCCUUCGCGGUGCCCGCGGGGAUCCUCGCCGGGCAGCCCCGUCCUCUCUUCGGCCAGCCUGCGACUGUGCUUCUGGGCCUCUUCUGCGCACAUUACUUCCACAGGACGUUUGUUUACUCACUGCUCACUAGAGGGAGGCCAUUUCCAGUUGUAUUCCUUUUCAGAGGCUUUGUCUUCUGCAUGGGAAAUGGACUCCUCCAAGGCUACUAUCUGGUUUACUGUGCUGAAUACCCUGCUGAGUGGUACACAGACAUACGGUUUAGCUUGGGUGUCUUCUUAUUUAUUUUGGGAAUGGGAAUCAACAUUCAUAGUGACUAUAUAUUGCGCCAGCUCAGGAAGCCUGGAGAAAUCAUCUAUAGGAUUCCACAAGGUGGCUUGUUCACGUACGUUUCUGGAGCCAAUUUCCUUGGCGAGAUCAUUGAAUGGAUCGGCUAUGCCCUGGCCACUUGGUCCCUCCCAGCACUUGCAUUUGCAUUUUUCUCACUUUGUUUCCUUGGGCUGCGAGCGUUUCACCACCAUAGAUUCUACCUCAAGAUGUUUGAGGACUACCCCAAGUCUCGGAAAGCCCUCAUUCCAGUCAUCUUUUAAAGAAACCAAAUAAAAAGGGAACAAAGCUCCCACCAUCCUGUUGAAAACCAUCAAGCUGCUGAACCUGGAACUUUUUAAAAGUCCCAUUGUGUAUAUGUAAUAGUAGGCCUCUGGUGUUCUGGCAGCUGGCCUGAGGAUUCUGCAUGGGCCCCCUUCGUGUUUCCUCCCAUCCUCCCUGUCCUGAUCUCCUACUGAAGCUUCAACAAGGCCCUUUUUUUUUUUACGCAAAGACAUCUACUUAGCUAUUCCUCCUAGAAAGUGCAAAGUUCCCUAUGUAUUUUUUUCUCUGAAAGACCCAAGUACAGGUGGCUUUAUACCUGCUCUGUCAGUGUAAGACAGCUCGAUAGUUGAGAAAGUUUUGAGUUGAGGGCAGCGCUUAUAGAAUUUAUUAAAGGUGCACAUUUGACACGUAUACAAAUUCACAGCGAUUUAAAUUCUGAAGCUGCACGGACCCAGAGCAAUUUUUCUUCCAAAUGAAAACCCACUCACAUGGGUUUUCCUUAGUUAACUGUGAAAAAUGUGAAAUGAUUACGUAGACUUUUAAUAGGGGAGCUCUGUCUUCAUAUUGCUGAAAAUGCAACAGCGCAUUGACCCCAUUUCAAAUUUGUGCAUUGUCUUAGUGCCUCCGUCUUUCUGAAGAGUCCACAAUCCCUGUUAGAGAUAUCAUAGGCUAAUCCAGAAAACUGGUGUGGGUUUUAUUGAAGGUCAGAUUUUAAUGACCACAAAGAAGAAGACUUGACUCUGAUUGACUACAAAGAGCAAAAAAGUGUUUUACAAUAGACCGCAAAUUCUUAUAUUCUUAGAAACUGGUGGGAAUAUCCAAAUAAUGAGUGUCAGAUAAGGAAAUCACCGAAUAAGAGCACAUGUUUUUUGCCUGGACAAGACAUGUACAAUGAUGGUAAAGCCUCUCAG